GGGCUUAGGUGUUAAAAGGGGGAGAAUACAACACCCCUUUAUAAUGCCCCAUCCAAACAGGCCAUAAGUAUUUACCCACCGGGCGGUGGUUAUUUGUCGCCCCCAAUCAUAGAAGGGCCCGCGCAUACGCCGGUUUCUAUGCACAGAAAGCGUGAACCUGUAAUCGUCAUCACCUGAAAACCAUAACGCAAGGUAUUUCGAUUGCCAAAACUCACAGACACCGAUACAAGCGCACGAGGAAUCACGAACACACAAUGGACAACUCCGUACCAGGAAACCCUCAGGAAGUGAUAGUGCCACCAGCUGAAGGUGUUGCUGGAGGGGGAACAGCAUACGGGUGGGGUGAUAGUGGCAUUCAUGAUUCUAGUACUCUCAGGGGAACAAUUGAUCCUACCAAAGUUCCAUCUACGGAUUUAGUGCAUGUUUGGUGCAUGCCGAGUACAGCAACAGUUGGACCACAUGACAUGCCUCGACCUUUGGAACCUGUAUCACUUCUGGCAGCAAGAAACGAGAGGGAAAGCAUUCAAAUUGCUAUACGUCCAAAAGUGUAUUGGGGUGGUUCAGGUGUUGCAGGGGCUGUACAAGUUCAGUGCACUGACCUAUGCUCCCCUGCUGGUGACAGGUUGGUAGUCGGUCAGUCACUGACAUUGCGGCGCGUGGUACCUGUCUUGGGUGUUCCAGAUGCACUUGUACCCCUUGAUAUGCCAGUCUCGCUGAUUAGUCUAUCUCCAGGUGAAACAACAACUAUUUGGGUUUCCAUAGAUGUCCCUAGUGCGCAGCCCCCAGGUCAAUAUGAAGGCGAGCUCAUUAUUACUGCUACAAAGGCAGAUGCAGGAUCUGCAGCACAAUGCUUGGGAAAAGCUGAGAAGCAUAAUCUGUAUAGAGAACUUAGAAAUUGUCUUGAGAUUGUGGAGCCUGUUGAUGGAAAACCAAUGGAUGAAGUGGUAGAAAGAGUGAAAUCUGCCGCUACAUCUUUAAGAAGAGUUCUUUUGUCGCCAUCAUUUGCUGAUUUCUUUUCAGAAAAUGGACUGGUCGAUAUGAUGGAUGAGGAUGCUAUUUCAAACCUUUCGAUACACUUGAAGCUGAGCUUGACAGUCUGGGAUUUUGUUCUCCCUGUUACACCUUCGCUUCCCGCUGUUAUUGGUAUAUCUGAUACUGUAAUUGAGGAUCGUUUUGGGGUUGAACAUGGGAGCACUGAGUGGUACGAGGCAUUGGAUCAGCAUUUUAAGUGGCUGCUUCAAUAUAAAAUCAGCCCAUACUUUUGCAGAUGGGGUGACAGCAUGCGUGUUUUGACAUAUACCAGUCCAUGGCCAGCUGAUCAUCCAAAAUCAGAUGAAUAUCUUUCAGACCCACGACUUGCCGCAUAUGCUGUACCACACAGUCGGGUAGUAUCUUGCGGUGAUACAGCAGAGGACUACUUGCAAAGGGAAGUAGAGAUCUUGAAAACAAAGAGUCACUGGAAAAAAGCUUAUUUCUACCUGUGGGAUGAGCCGCUGAAUGUGGAACAUUAUGAUUCUCUUCGUAGCAUGGCCGCUGAAAUUCACGUGUAUGCUCCUGAUGCUCGUGUUCUUACCACCUAUUACUGUGGUCCAAGUGAUGCACCCCUUGCUCCUAAUAAUUUAGAAGCUUUUUUGAAAGUUCCAGAGUACCUAAGGCCGCAUACUCAAAUAUAUUGCACAAGUGAAUGGGUGCUUGGUAACCGAGAGGAUCUUGCAAAGGAUAUUAUUGCUGAACUACAACCAGAAAGCGGUGAGGAAUGGUGGACAUAUGUGUGCUUGGGACCAUCUGAUCCUCUUCCUAACUGGCACCUUGGAAUGAGAGGUACACAACACCGUGCAGUGAUGUGGCGAGUGUGGAAAGAAGGGGGAACAGGAUUUUUGUACUGGGGAGCAAAUUGCUAUGAAAAAGCAACAGUUGCCAGUGCAGAGAUUAGAUUCAGGCGUGGUCUUCCCCCAGGUGACGGAGUCUUAUUUUACCCUGGUGAGGCUUUCUCAUCUUCGCAUGAACCAGUUGCUUCCCUUAGACUGGAGAGACUUCUCAGUGGCCUUCAGGACAUCGAAUAUCUCCAACUUUAUGCAUCCAGAUUUGGCCGGGAUGAAAGUCUCUCUCUUUUAGAAAAAACCGGCAUGUAUCUGGGUCCUGAGCGUUACACUCAUGAACAUAUGCCGAUAGACAUGAUGCGGAGCGAGAUAUUCAGGACAUGCCGAUCCUAAUAUUUUUUUGGGACUUCUUGUAAUUUCAGUCCAUGUUUUUGUAAUUUCGAUUGAUAUCCAAAGCUGGCUUUUGUAUUCUCGACGUGCAUUACACACACUUUACUAGUAGCAAUGUGCAUGCAGUUGUAUGAAAAAAGGUCAUAUUUUUGUUCUGAGCGCUGUAGGUACUAUGGCUGCAAUACAAAGUUGAUUAGUUCUUAUA